CGCCUGCGGAGGGAUCUGGCUCAGCUGUGAGAACUGCUGCUGCUCGGACUUGGCUCCCUCCCGGAGGAGAGGUUGUCAGCCCUGGGAUGGGAAGCCCUGAAGUCCAAGUCACGGCCAUGGAGGGCUCUGUGCUGAGCCCCACAUCCUGGGAGAAAAGGAGGGCCUGGCUCCGACAGAGCCGUCACUGGCAAACCCAGGUUCUGGAAGAGGAGGCUGCAGCUGCCCUGCAGGAUGUCCCAGAUGCUGAGCCUUCCAGCCUGGAUGAUGUUUUCCAGGAAGGUAAUACUAUCAAUAAAAUUGAAGACUGGCUGGAGGAUUGUGGGUAUGCUGAGGACAGGUUUUCUGAAGAAACCACACAGCUGAUUUACAAUGGGUGUCCUAGCCAUGGGACCAGUUUUGAAGAUGACUUGACUCUUGGAGCAGAGGCCACCCUGUUGGCCGCCAAUGGCAAACGCUUCUCCAGGAGUUUCCUGGAGACAGGCCGGCCCUGCCAGCUACUUGAUCUUGGCUGCAGUUUAGCCUCCAGCAGCAUGACUAGUGGAACCAAUAAGACCAGUUCAAGCAUUUCAGAGAUUUUAGACAAGGUGCAAGAAGAUGCCGAAGAUGUUCUCUUCAACCUGGGCUUUGGUCAAGAGGUCCACAAAGACACUUCUCGGAUCCCUGCUCGAUUUUUCACCACCCCCUCAAAGGCCAAGGGCAUUGAUUUCCAGCUCUUCCUGAAGGCCCAGGUGCGGAGGAUUGAAAUGGAGGACCCAUGCCUAAUGCUGGCAAGCAGGUUUAAGCAGGUGCAAACACUGGCUGUCACUGCUGAUGCCUUCUUCUGUCUCUACUCUUACGUAUCCAAGACUCCUGUUCAAAAAUUCACACCAUCCCACAUGAUUUGGAAUGGCAACCCAACUGAUGUACCAUUUAUUAAGAUUAUGAGCCCAGAGCCUGAACCCCAAUCACCCAGAGAUCGUCUCCGGAAAGCCAUCUCUAAAAUGUGCCUGUACACAAGCCCCCGAAAUCAGCUAUCGCCACCUCAUAACUCCCCCAAAAGGAACAGUUUGGACCAAGUGGUGUGGGAAGUGAUGGACAAAGUGAGAGGAGAGAAGCUGGGACUCCAGGAAGACCCUGAGUUUGGGCCCGGCCCACUGGAAGAGCCUGUACCCUCCAUCAGGGAUAUGAAGUUGCCUGCAGUGCUCACAGCAUCAAGAACACUGGAUUCUAAUCUUGAAACAUCCUGUUACACACGUUCUCUGUCAACCUCUCAGCACUGGCACAAAGACCUAGCACAGGCCAGGAGAGAGCUGUGGAGCCUACAGACCCCCAGUAAGGACGCGCAUUCAGCCAAAGAGGACCAUUUCUGGAAAAGGAAGAACACAGCCAGAAAGAGUCUGUUUCAAAAGAAUGCCAUGGUCAAAGAUGUCAGGAAGGUCAAAUCAUUGGACUUGUCCAUCAUCCAGCAGAAAUGGAGACACAGCCUAGACACGCCAGACCUUCACCGAUCUCUACCCCAGCAACUGCAGGACUCUUUCGAUCUGGAAGAGGUGCAAAGCAACAAUGAGGAGGAGGAAAGCUCCUGGCCCAACAGAUGGAGAUACGCCGGCCUCUACCAACUAUCUGCUGGCAAAGACCCAAGAAGUAAGUGGGAGUCUCUCUAG